AUGCUUGAGGUGGAACAGUCCAGCCAGCCAGCCUGGUGCCACCCGGCCACCAACUGGGUGCCUAACACCGCCACCGAGGGAGGCAUCGAGCGCCCGCUCUUCGAGAUGGUCUCAGCAUCGCAGACGGUGAUACCUAACAGCGAGGACGCCGCCGCUGGGCAGCUCGGCGAAGGCGGCCUCACGUUCCGCCCGACGACCAUGAUGCUUGCUUUGGUGCGGCAGCAUGUCGAGCAGUGCCUGUCCGACGGCGUCGAGGCCGCGCUCGCCCUCGCGCCCGGGAUGCUCGCGGCGAGCCGGCAAGUGUUGAGCGAGUACGGGAACAUGUCGGGCGCGUCGAUAAUCUUCGCGCUCGACGAGCUCCGGCACCGCCGUGACGAACUGGCUGGAGGGAUUGGGAUGAUGCUUGGGCUCGGGCCAGGGAUGUCCGUCGAGAUCAUGGUGCUGCGCGCGGCGAGCGGCACGGUGAAAAAUUUGCACCGUUUACUUGAACAAAAGCGAGCUUCCCGGUCGUAG